AUGUCAGGAUUUGGUUUCACAGAAUCUGUUCAAGAUGCCAUUACAGAAUCUUUACAAUUUGGAAAAGUUUUGGUAGUUUAUGGUGUUGACAUCAGUAACGAUGAUAGUUGGAUACAAUCUUGGUUUCAUCCAAGAAUGAUUACUGAUAAAUUAUUAAAGAAAUCCGUAUGGUUGAAGAUUGUCCAAGGCACGCAUGAAUUUACUAAUUUCAAAGAACUUUUCCCUUCUAUUCAAACCCCUAGUUUAUAUUUCAUUAAAGAUCAACAGAUCCAAAUGGUAAUACAUGGUGAAAGUGGGCAUGGAAAUUUCUCUCAUUGGAAUAGAGUCGUUGAUUAUUUAGAAUCUACGAAUUGCGAUUCACCAAAUAUCAAUGAACAGGAAAAUACUCCUGAAAUGAAAAACAAUGAGGAUACAAAGGAAACAAAGAAAACUUUUAAAGAAGAAGUUAAUGACUUGACACAGAAAAUAUAUCAACAAGAAGUGAUGAAACAGAAGAAGCUUGAACGUAAAGAGCGUGAAAGAAUCCUGAGAUUAGUACAAGCCGAUAAACAGGAGAGAAAAGAUAGAGAACUGUCACAGAAACAAAUUGUUGACGAUAUCUCUGAUGAAGAAAUUAUUGAAGUAGUUCCAACCGAAGUGAAUGAUAAUAUCAAGAAAUCAGAAAAAUACGAAAACCUAAAGGAUUGUAAGCUUUUAAUUAAAUUAACUAAUAGUGAUUCAUUGAAGAAUACUUUUGACUCAGACAAAACUUUACGUGAUGUCAGAGAUUGGGUAGAUGAAAACAGAACAGACGGAACUGUAUCUUAUCUAUUCCAUAGAAAUGUUCCAAGGGUUACUUUCAGUCCUGAGGAUGAAUCAAAAUCUCUAACAGAUUUAGAAUUAACACCAAGAUCCGUUUUAAUUUUAGAUCCUUGCGAGGAAGAUUUAUCAGCUAUAACAAACUCAGGCGUAGUAGGAAAGAUUUUGAAUAAGCUUUGGUUCUGGAGAUCUUCACCAUCAAUAGAGACACAAAUAUCCAAUUCUGAUACCAAUCAACAAGCUUUCCCGGAAUCAAGCAGCGAAUCACCAAUUGAUACAGAUUCUAGCUAUCCAGAAGCUAACAACGAACAAAGAUUUGAAUCUCCAGGCACAUUUCCUUAUAUUACUCAGAUUACUGAAAAUUCAUCUUCUUCCAAUUUGGCUAAUAAUCCUGAAUCAAACGACAGUAAGAAAACCAAAAAAGAUGACAAGAAUGACCGUCCAACCUACAAUGGUAAUAAUCUCAAUCUAGAGAGCAAAAAAGAUGAUUAA